UUCUGCGCCACUUCUUUUUCUUUUUUCUUCUUCUCUCUCAUCAUUAUCCCGAUCUCCUUAUAUCUCCUGUGUCUUUCUCUUCCUCUUUCUGUCUCAUCCUUCAAGACUCCCCACCUUGAGCAGACACCCCAUUGUCUCAUGCUCUUUCCACUCGCUUAGCUUCGACUCAACCACACCAACCUCGCCAUGGCGUACUAUGACGAACCCCACUACUACCAGCCUCCCCGGGAUCGUUACGCCCGUCCAGACUAUCCAGGAGACCCUUAUCAUCACAGCAGCAAACCAUACAGCGGAAGUCACCAUGGUCUAGACGUGGUCCCUCGAGCUGACAGCCUCGAAUCCUACGACCCACGAUCCCGUGACUACCCCUCAGGUGACUAUGGGUACGAGUAUGGCUACGGCCAUCCGCCUCAUCCUCGACGAUCCAGGGUCGCCACUGCCCCGGAGAGCGCCCGUCGCGCUCACUCCCUAGAAGGCCGCGGCUACUACGAGGGGUCGGAUUAUUCGCAUCGUCCGCGCCACAAACACCGAACAAAACAUCACGGUAGUCGACAUCACAAGCAUUCCACCCGAUCAUCAUCCAGCAGUCGCUCCCCGCCCCCGCGACACCUCAAGUCCGUCUCCGGGCGCGAUAGCUCUCGCAGUCGCCGUUCCCACAAGUCCUACUCAUACUCCCCGUCCCCGACGCGGCGCGGAGGCGGUCAUCACAAGAGGGACAAAAGCGAGCAGCGCGUUACGCAAGCCGUCCGCGCCGCCGUGACAGCUGGCGCCAUCGAGGCCUUCCGACUGCGCAAAGACCCCGGCGAGUGGACGGGCGACAAAGGACGCCGCAUCCUGACGGCAGCCAUCACAGCGGGUGGCACCGACGGACUGGUGGAUCGUGAUCCCUCGAAGCAUUCCAAGCGUCACGUCGUCGAGUCCACUCUCGCCGGUCUCGCCGCAAACCAUUUCGUCAACGGAUCCCGAUCCAAGUCCCGGUCGCGGUCCAAGUCCCGCGGCCGUUCGGACAGCCACAGCAAGGCGAAAGUCGCGGCGACAGGCGCCUUAGUUGCCGCGGGCAAGGAGGCGUAUGACCGCUUCCGGUCGAAGUCACGCCCCCGGGGCCGAUCCGCCUCGCGCGACAGCCACGAUUUCCGGGGGUCGCCGGACCGUCGUCCUCGCCGGCGGAGUCGGAGCGUGACUGAUUACAUUAACAAGGGCAUAGCGGCACUUGGUCUUUCGGACAACAAGGACAGCCACGGACAUGGAGGUCACAAGAGCGGGCGUCAUCGGUCCUCCCGCUACAGCGAUUACUCGGACGAGGAUCCUUAUUACUACAGUGACUAUGACACUCGGAGCCGUGGCAGUACCCGGCGAUCCCGGCAUUCUAAAGAUGUAGGUGACUGUUCGUUCCACCCUCUUCUAGAAUUUGAAUCUAACCCAGGACAGUACCGGUGAGCAAAGCAACAGAGAAGCUCCACGGCAGGCCACGCCUCCCACAGGCUGUGUGGUUGCGUGAAGAAGCACCGCAAACGCG